AUGCAAAAGUCCAAGUAUGCUGCAGCAAGGAGGGCAAGAGGAGCUGCUGCUGCCUGCACUGCUGCAGCCCUUGGUGCCCUAGUAGCACCUGCAGCAGCAGCUCGACAGAGAACACUCAGUGCAGCAGCUGCAGCAGCAGGUGCAGCAGACGCAGCAGCAGCAGCGGUAGGGACAGCAGCCGCUGCAACAGCAGCUGCAGCAGCAGCAACAGCGGCAGCAGAGGCAGCACGCAGCUCUGCAGCGACAAAAGCAAGAAGGGCUGCUGCUGCGUUGCUCGCAGGCGCAGCAGCAGCAGAGAUGCGUCGCAUCCCGGCCUACUGUCAGCAGCAGCAGCAGCACCAACACCAGCAGCAGCAGCAGCAACAGAAUCAGGUGCAGCACGAGCACAAAGGGCACUUGCUGCUGCCUACCACUUCCACACGCGCUGCACUCGAGACCACCCAGCAGCAGCAGCAGCAGCAGCAGCACCAGCAGCACCAACACCUGCACCAGCAGCAUGAUCAGCAGCAGCAGCGGCAGCAGCAGCACAAGCAGCAGCAGCAGCAACAGCAGCAGCAGCAACAGCAGCAGCAAGCAGCACACCGAAAGCGCGCGCAGCACGCAUUCAACAGGAGACCUCGGGAUCUUCAGCAGCAGCAGCAGCAUCAGCAGCAUCAGCAUCAGCAGCAGCAGCAUCAGCAGCAUCAGCAUCAGCAGCAGCAGCAGCGGGCCCGACAGCAGCAAUCUCAGCGCCAUCCGCCUCAGCAGCAGCGGCAGCAGCAGCCCCAGACCCAUCUUCAGCCGCCGCCGCCACAGCAACAGCGGCAGCAACAGCAGCAGCAACAGCAGCAGCAGCAGCAACAGGGGCCACCUGCUGCUGAGGGGGACUGGAUUAAGUUGCUGCAGCUGCUGGAGGAAGUGUGGGGUGGAGAAGGGACUCCCUACGAGCUGUACAGACACCUCAAUCUCGAUGCCAGAGCUGACGGAACCCUCAUUAGAAAGGUGACCUCUUGA